CAGGCACUGACACACACUCUCACACACUCUCACACACACACACACACACACACAGCCCAGAAGGCACAGUCAGGAUGUGACAUCACCCACAGGAAGAGAAGCCAAACAACUUUUUCUCUCUUUACUGUGUUGUCUGUGCUGCUGAGUGAAGUUGGAGACUCUCGGUCUGUUAGUGGCCGGCAGAGAGGGAGAGGAUCCAGAGGAGCCAGAGGGGGCAGAGCAGCUGGAGCUGUCCUCCACGGGGAGUUUAUAGCCAAGGGCUCCGGCGCCUGAAUCCUCCCUGAACUUCCCUCAACUUUCCACCGCAUUCCUUUGCUGUAGGAUUUCAGCCAGAAACGUCUCACUGUCUGAAAACAAGAGCGCCCUGAAAUCUUUACAUGACAGACACUGACCCCCUGUGACCUGAUUUCCGAGCUCACACCAGCCUGGUCCCAUCUCUCAGGAAGGUCACCCUUUAUCAAACGCAAAACUCAUUAUUAUUCUGGAGAGCUCAUUCUCCCCUUAUCUCAGGGGAAGCGGCUGAGUCAAUGGCGUUGUGUCUUGGACAAGUGUUCAGCAAAGACAAAACAUUCAGGCCGAGGAAGCGGUUUGAACCAGGCACCCAGCGCUUUGAACUCUACAAGAAGGCCCAAGCUUCACUCAAGUCCGGCUUAGACCUGAGGAAAGUGGUUCAGCUGCCGGAGGGAGAGAACAUCAACGACUGGAUUGCUGUUCACGUUGUGGAUUUCUUUAACAGGAUCAACUUGAUCUAUGGCACGGUCAGCGAGUACUGCUCCGAGCGCACGUGUCCCAUCAUGUCUGGCGGGCUGAGGUAUGAGUACAGGUGGCAGGACGGCGACGACUACAAGAAACCCACCAAGCUGCCUGCUCUCAAGUACAUGAACCUGCUGAUGGACUGGAUAGAGUCGCUCAUCAAUAAUGAGGACAUCUUCCCCACCAGAGUAGGUGUACCUUUCCCGAAGAACUUCCAGCAGGUGUGCAAGAAGAUCCUGAGCCGCCUCUUCAGAGUGUUUGUGCAUGUUUACAUCCAUCACUUUGACAGCAUCUGCAGCAUGGGUGCCGAGGCCCACAUCAAUACCUGCUACAAGCACUACUACUACUUCAUCUCUGAGUUCAACCUCAUUGAUCACUCUGAACUGGAGCCCCUGAAAGAGAUGACAGAGAAGAUAUGCAAUUAAACAAAUCCACAUGGACAAAAGGAGUUUACAUUUUCAUGUUAUCUGAGCCCUGUGAGAAAUCUUCGGCUUCAAAACACUCAAAACAAAGAACGCUUUUACAUAAAGUUGUGUGAGUGAUUUUCUGAACAUAACUGGGAGGGUCCACUAACAUAACCACACCUCUUCAGCUGGUGGCACUGUGCCUUCAUAGAAGUUUUUAUUUACAGUAACUGUGGCGCUUGAUGCCAUCAUUAUGUAGGACUAUGUGUUGGUUUAUAAUACAUCUCCUGUACUCAUGCCUUUUCUCUCUUCCUCACUGUGCAUGUAUGUUUGUGUUUGACCUUUUUAUAUAGUGUUGUCUUGUUUUGUUGAAUGAAAGUUUGUACUUUAUUUGAUGUUUUUUAUGGUUUGAACAUAA